AUAAAUUCUCAGUCAAGCUAAGGAAAGGCAAUAUAACGCAACAUAACGUAACGUAAAAUAAUUUCAAACAAAAGAAAUCAAUAUGAAGACUACAAUCCUCUUGUGCGGAUUUGCACUUAUUGUCGCAAUUAUCAUCCCAACUAUUAAUGGAGGACCAACUGCGGGAGCCACUGCUCUUGCUACUCCAACUGCUGAAGCUACUGCUUACGGCUCUCCAACUGCUGAAGCUGUUGCCACUCCAACUGCUGGAGCUAAUCCAGAUGCUACUGCUACUGCAACUGCCACUGCAGAAGCCGAAGCAGCUGCUGAGGCUAUCGCCGAAGCUCUUGCCGAAGCUUUAGCUACAGCAAUAGCUACAGCAAUAACUACAGCUAAAAAUACAUAAAUGACAAAUCGUUGAUGAAACUGAGCUCAUCAUUACUAAAUUAUUUAAAUACAACUUCGAAAAACAUUAGUAGAUACCUUAGAUAUAAUAAAUUCUCUUUAACAUGUGACAUAUUAGCAUGUUAUAUAUAUGUGUGAAAAGUUAAGCAUUUGCUUUAAAAUAAACGCAAUUGCAAAUCAUA